AUGGCCGCUCCUGUGGAUCCGGUGAGAGAGCCGCGGAUGUAUCAGCAGUCACUCCUUCAGGAUGGGCUCUGUGAUCUCCUGGAGAACGAAAAGUUUGUGGACUGUGUUCUGAAGAUCAAGGACCAGGAAUUCCCUUGCCACAAGCUGGUGCUGGCUGCCAGCAGCCCUUACUUUAAGGCCAUGUUCCUGUCCAAUCUGGAGGAAAGCAAGAAGCGUGAGAUUAUCUUGAAAGACGUGGAACCGGGUGUCAUGGCAAUGAUACUGAGGUACCUCUACACCUCAGACAUCAACCUGACUGAGCAGAACGUCCAGGACAUCUUCAUGGCGGCUAAUAUGUACCAGAUCCCCUCCAUCUUCAGCGUGUGCGUAUCCUACCUACAACAGAAACUUGUCUUGAGUAACUGCUUGGCUAUAUUCAGGCUGGGUUUGCUCUUGGACUGCCCACGGCUGGCUGUAGAAGCCCGAGACUUCAUCUGUGACCGCUACCAGCUGAUCAUCCGGGACCAGGACUUCCAUCAGCUGGGCCCCAGUGAACUGGCUGCUAUAAUCACAUGCGACGCACUGAAUGUGGAGAAAGAGGAGACUGUCUUUGAGUCACUGAUGGACUGGGUAGGAUAUGACACGGAGGAGAGACUCAAGGACCUGCCAGAUCUCUUGCACUGCGUGCGCUUUCGUCUGAUGUCAGUGGAUUACUUCAGAGAGAAAGUGGAGGGCCACGAGUGGAUCCGGUCCAACCAGGAGAUCAAGGCAGAACUGCAGCUCAUUAAAGAUGCGCAAAGAGGUGUGAUUCCCAAAGUUGAGCACAAAAAGACCAAGAAGUCAGGAGCUAAAGGAGAUACUGAGGAUGAGAACGAGGAAGGAUUUCUUCCAGCAAUUCUAAAUGAUAACCUCCGUUUUGGGAUGUUCCACAGGGACCUUAUACUUAUGAUUAGUGAUGCGGGGACAGUGGCCUAUGACCCGGCCGGUAACGAAUGCUUCAUGGCAUCCACAUCUGUUGAUAUCCCUAAAAAUCACUGCAGUCUGGUGACAAAGGAGAAUCAGAUAUUUGUGCUUGGGGGUCUCUACUACAAUGAGCAAAACAAAGAGAAUCCACUAACCUCUUACUUUCUUCAGUUUGAUCCCAUGAGCUCUGAUUGGCUCGGGAUGCCCUCGCUGCCCAAUCCACGCUGCUUGUUCGGGCUGGCGGAGGCUGAGAACUCCAUCUUUGUGGUGGGAGGAAAAGAGCUGAAAGAAGGAGAGCAUGUGUUGGACUCUGUUAUGAUAUAUGACAGACAGUCAUUCAAAUGGGGAGAAUCAGACCCUCUACCAUACACUGUGUAUGGUCAUGGAACCGUUUCACACAAGGGUCUAGUUUAUGUAAUAGGUGGAAAAGCUGAAAGCAAAAAGUGUUUACGGAGGGUGUGUGUCUAUGACCCCACAAAGUUUGAAUGGAAAGAGCUAGCCCCAAUGAAGACUGCCCGUUCUCUGUUUGGUGUUACCGUCUACAAGGACAACAUUUACGUGGUGACUGGAGUCACUGAUAAUGGACUGACUAGUAGUGUUGAGGUCUAUGACAUUGCCAAGAACAAGUGGUCAGAGUUUGUGGAAUUCCCUCAGGAGAGGAGUUCUCUCAACCUGAUCACACUGGGUGGCUGUAUGUAUGCGGUGGGAGGUUUCGCCAUGAUGCCCAGUGAAACCAGUGAGGAGCUGGUGCCCACUGAGAUGAAUGACAUUUGGAGGUUUGAUGAGGAUGAAAACUGUUGGAAUGGGAUUCUGAGAGAGAUCCGCUAUGCUGAGGGCGCCACCGUGCUUGGUGUGAGGCUCAAUACCUUAAGACUGAAUAAGAUGUAA